AUGGCAGCCUUCCAAGAUCUCCCAAACGAGAUCAUCCACCAAAUCCUCUCCAUUGUCUACCGCUCCUACAACCCCCUCCACGACUCCACCCCCCGUCUCAAGACCCUCCUCAGCAUCGGCCGUGUUUCCCGCCGCUUCCGCAAGAACGCUGAGCGCUUCAUCUAUCAGGACGUCAACAUCGGAUACUGCCCGAACUCCACGGCCAGGCACAGGAGGCCCUGGCAGCUCCUCCGCACGCUCAUUUCCCGCCCGUACCUUGCGGCGUACAUCAAGAACAUCAAAAUCAGAUGGGGCACCGAGCACAAGCCGCGAGUCACAUCUCACGAGAGGUCUCUCUUUACCGCUGCUGCAUCCAAGUGCGGCCUUGAACUCGCGGUGAGAUGGGAGGGUGACCAGGCACUGCUCCUGUGCCAUAUGCUAAAGAGCGUCGAGAACCUCGUCAUCAGCUACCCGCCCGACUUUGGGCCCAACUUCACUGAUCCUUUCGGUCUCCUCCGGGAGUAUACCCCCUCCCUCCCCGCCGCUCCCGGCACCCCACGCCUCUCCGCAAUCGGCAUGCAGAGCGUCCGCUCCCUCACCGUCUACGCCGAAUACUCGACCACCGCACAACACAUCAUCCCCAUGCUCCUCCUCCCCAACCUCAAGUCCUUCACGGCCCACCACGUCAUCACCACCUCGAUCAUCCCCGAGAACCCCGCGUGGCACGGAGCUUCCUCCGUCACGGACCUACGUCUUCUCGGCUGUGAGCUCCAUGGUUCAACACUUGCUAUCCUGUUCCGCAUCGCAAACAAGGUUAACCACCUCGAGUACGACGACGCCGGCGGCCUCUUCAAUCCCACGCAUAUCUGCGACGAGGCGUUCCCGGCUGCACUGCAGAUCCUGAAGCCGACGCUGCAGUACCUCAUGGUGAAUCUCGGGAAGGUGCACUCGCGCGACGGGACCCACGGGAAGGUCGGGACGCUGAGGGACUUUCCAAUGCUUAGGGAGGUGGUCUGUAACUAUGGGUCUAUCUGGGGGAUGACUUGCUCGACCUUCACGCCCGGAGUUGCAUGGCAGUUGAACUUCACGGCGGUGCUGCCAGUGAAUUUAGAAAUCUUUGAAGUCUGCUUCCCGUGGGAGUUUACGAUCAGCUGGCUGGCUGAGAUGUUAAAGGAGGUGGAGACAGGCUUUCUGAGGAUGAACACCCUCAAGAUACAUCCGAUGGGGAAGUAUGGCAACAAGGGGAAGCGGUUUAUCAAAAAGUUGAGGAGAAAGGCGGAAAGGGUAGGCGUUAAGGUUGGGUUGGCGAAAGUUGUUGGUAAUCGUAUUUGCGGUUAUUCGUAUUCUAAUUGA